AUGACCGAGACCUCAUCUUUCCCUCCCAAGGCGAUCCAUGCUCCUGCCUCCGCCCACGUCCUGCCGCCGUCGACAUACACCGUCGCUCGCCAUCAGCAUUAUCAUGCGCCCGCGGACCCGGAGCCAGUAGAGCCGGUUGAGGAGACCAUCCACUGCAUCUGCGGCUUCAGCGACGAUGAUGGCUGGACUGUCGCAUGCGACGAGUGCAACCGAUGGCAGCAUCAGUCGUGCUAUUACCCUCAGUAUGACGAGCGACAGAUGCCUGCCGACAUGCAGCACGCCUGCGUCGAGUGCAAGCCGCGACCGGUCGACUGGCAACGAGCGCAACAACGCCAGCGCGAGAAGCGACUACAGCAAGAGCCACAGACCAAUGGCGUCAAGCGCAAUGCCACCAAAAGCCACAAGAAAAAGAUCAAGGAACCGGGCACUGCACACACAAACGGCUGGCCUGUCGACAAGCUACGACACGACCGCAACAGUGCUAGCCCGAGAGAUCAGCCCCCUCCCGCAAAGAGACCGAAAACUAGUCAUCGCACGUCGGAUUCGACGACCACGACCACCAAAGGUCAUUCACGGAAACGCAAUGCGUCCAGUGCAACCCACCGCCGCAGCUUAUCGCGGUCACCGGACUCACCCAUCGAGCAGUACUCGGAGGAAUUCCUGCGAUGCUAUCAGGAAGAUGACUGGGUCGUCACAUACACCAACCUUCACAAUAGCAUUGCCAUCACCAGCGCUUUGUCGGAAUGGCUAGGCUUUUCCGAGGAAGAGUUUCGAGAACACCACAACCAAGCCAAGGGCGAAGUGCUCAUGCGAUGGGAUGGAGAUCUCGAUGAAAUUCCUGGCAAGGCGCAACUCGACAUUCUGGAAGCCCGGGACGACACAAUCCAGUACAACGGCGAGCAUCCAACCUGGAAGAUGUUGACCGUGAAAGAACCCAUCGCCGAGGGUGCUUACAUUGGCGAACUCAAGGGACACGUCGGAUUCAAGAAGGACUACCAGUCGGACGGUGCCAAUCGAUGGGCUCAGCUGCGACACCCUGAGCCUUUCGUCUUCUUCCAUCCGAAACUCCCCAUCUACAUCGACUCACGAAAUGAGGGCACCGAGCUACGCUAUGUCCGACGCAGCUGUCAGCCCAAUGCGCGUCUUCAAAUCCUGGUCACUGACAAUGUCGACUACCACUUCUGCUUCAUGGCUACGACGCAAAUCGACCCGGGCGUGGAAAUUUCAGUCGGAUGGGACACCAACGACGGCAUGCCAGAGUUGAUCGCAAAGAGCCGAUUGUCGGGCGAAGAGCUGGACGGCUUCUCAGCAUGGGUUUCCACAGCGCUUGCUAACUGCGGCCCUUGUGCGUGCCAGCUGCACGAGCAUGACUGCUACUUCCACAGAUUCGACCGUCGCAGGAGAGGUGUGCUGGAAGAAGCGCAGCAAACCAAACCCAAGAGCAAAAAGCGCAAAGCAAACCACAUCUCCCCAAUCAACACCAACGCCCUCAACAGUCGGUCUGGCAGUGAAGCGCGCAAGGUCGAUCCAGACGACGACGGCACCGACUCGCGGUCCACGUCAGGCUCAGCGGGGAGGGGAUCAGCCAGUCGCGAUAUUACCCCCAACACACACUACUCUACCAACGGUACCUCUUCGACGUUGCCUGAACUGUCAGAGAGAGAACGAAAGAAGCUGGCCAAGGAAGAGGAGAUAUUUCGGCGUCAAGAGGAGGAACGAGUCGGCAAGCAAGCCAAGAAGAAGCGGAAUAGUGCAGGCUCGAGUCUCAACACACCUAGUGCCACAUCGUCGAAGCAAUUGGGUUUUCCGCCGACCAAUUCGAAGUACGUCGAUGCUGGCAAUUCACGGCAGAGUGGACUGCCUGCGAAGACGAUGUCAGGAAGGAAGCCCAAGACUCAAAAGGUAUCUAGUCGGCCGCCGAGUAGAACGAUCAAGCGUGUGAGACCGAUCUACGUCGAGCACGAAGUACAGUGCGACCUUGAUGCCGAGGAAGCACAGCAGAGAGCACCUACGCCAUCAUCGAGAAGGCCAUACCUCACCAUGCGCCAACGCCUGAUCGAGCUGUGCGCCCGCAACAACAGCACUGGUAGUGACAGUGUCUCAAAUGCUGCAACACCUACUAUCCAGACCGCACCUCUGCUGGAGAAGAUGCCCACUGCCAACGAACCUGCAUCAUCAAGCUCACCAAAGCCGAGUCCGCAGCCCAAUACGUCGGACGACGUGGAUAUGGCAGAUGCACCCGGCGAGGAAGACAAGGCGUCAUCGCCCGUCGAUGUGAAAGACAACGUAGUCGCAGCUCAAGACGAUGCAAGCAAGUCAUCGCCGGCUGUAGACUUGUCCGCCACCAAGUCAACAUCGCCGGCCGUGGAGUCCAAGACUGGUGAUAUGCACCUUCAGAUGCCUCCGCCACCAGCAAAUCCUUUCAGCCAAGCCGUUCAACCUCUAUCUGCCGGGUCGCCGACCACGACGACGAACAAUGUUGUCCAAUCACCUGCCACGCUUGGUACUCCAUCGAUCUUCUCACCUUCUGUGAGUGCUGCUGUCGCACCAAGCCCUGCCAAGAAGAAGCUUAGCCUGAGCGAUUACACGCGGCGGAAGGCGAAAGACAAGGAUGUUGAGACUAGCAAAGAGCGGGACAGCUCGCCUGCAUCGACCAACUCGGGUCCGGUUGUACCGCCCCUUCGUCCAUCUUCGUCAGCAGAGGCAAGAGCUGCCGAAGGUGGUUCCGCAAUCGAUGAGGAUGUCAAGAUGGAGGAUGCCAGCGAUGCGCCUGCUAUCAAGGCUUGA